CUUGACAUACCGCCGUGCUGUCUCGAAAGUCCAGCUAAUAUUCGUACUCGCCACGCCCAUCCUCGCGACUUUUACUCAAGCUCCCCCGCAUGCCCUUCCUCCGCAUCCUCCCCGACGCGUCCUGAAACCCCCGAAGCACCUCCGCCAUGGCUGCCGCAACCCGUCGAAUAUCAAACUACGCCACCAGGUCAACCGCCACUGAUCUGGACGGAAGGCCAAAAAGCAGCGAUGAUUCGAAAAAAGAGAUAUGGAUCCCUAUGCUGGACGGCGUUUCCAGCGGGAAGCGGAUGCCAGAGAAGAGUCUCCUGGUUCUAGGAGGGACACCAGAAACACAGAAAGGAUUCCUCGAGUCAUUAUCGAAAGACCCCGCGACGAGUCGGAGGCCUCCAGACCGCGGCCGCAGACCCCCAAUUGCGAACCAAUUCGCCCUGGGCUAUACAUAUCUGGACGUCCUAGACUCAGACCAAGAAGACACUCUCGCCCGACUCUCCCUAUACCUCCUCACUCAACCUACCCCUUCCUUCACGCCUCUACUCAAACCAUACCUCACGCCGAAGACUCUACCUAACAUGCUCAUUGUAAUAUUACUUGAUUGGGAACAUCCGUGGCUGUGGCUGCGACAGCUUCGCGAUUGGAUUCGGGUCUUGCGAUCACUAGUGUCCUCGCUCGACGACGAAUCGAAAGACGUCAUGGAAGAGAACAUCAAUGCCUGGAGAGACCGACACCGAGGCCUUGGAGGGUCCUCUGAUAACACUGGAAGUGGAUCUGCGGAUACUGCGGUCCUGCCAUUGGGACAAGGCGAAUGGGACGAGCCUCUUGGGAUCCCUCUUUGCGUGGUGUGUCAGAAUGCCGACAAAAUCGAAGGAUUGGAGCGCGAGCGUGGGUGGAAAGAGGAGGAAUUUGAUUUCGUACUGCAGUACCUACGGACUGUACUCCUCAAGCACGGUGCUAGCUUGAUAUACACCAUGAAUUCCGCCCCAGGACCUCUACAAACCCUCAUUCACUCAAGUCUUGGCAUCAAAUCAAUGCUGAGACAGAAGCAAUUGAAGCACAACGUCAUUGAUCGCGAUCACAUCCUCAUACCGCCGAACUGGGAUUCCUGGGGCAAGAUUCGGAUACUAAGGGAGGGUUUCGAUGUGGAGGGUGUAAGCCAAGCGUGGUCGGAAGAUAUACAGGCUCCGCUGCCAACACCGACGCCCGUUGAAGUCGUGUCGAAUGGACACACGAAGACUGAUACUGAACCUGAAACGGAAACCGGUGAAUUGGUCUCAGCAGAACCAGAACCGGCCCCUGAAAUGGAAGAGCUCACCGCGGUAUCAGUGUUUGAGGAGACGAUUCGGGAUCCAGAGCAAGACUCAGCUCUUGCUGCACUGAACUCGAAGAACGCGAAUGGACUAGAAGUCCCGAGCACGGAAGCUCAGACUUUCCUGACCUCGCAAGUGGAGAUACUCGACCGCUUGCGCCAAGAAGAUGACAGGGAAAAGAAAGGGGCUGACAAGAAGAAGAGUGGAGCAACGUACAUUGCUCAGGACGAAGCUAGUGGUGUUGUUGAGGAGCAUAUCGGGCCGGUGCAGUUCAACAUGGGAGGAAUUCAGGUGAAUGCUGAUGAGAUGGUAAAGAGGUUGCAGGUAUGUCAUGCUGCUCCUCUCAUCGUUUAAGUAUUAGCACGCUGACGCGACCAUCGCAGGACCGAGAAGCCAAUCGCUCCUCCGACACAGACCCUGCAACUCCAAUGACACCCACCACCACUCAAGGUCCCCAGUCAGAGAACGACCGGCUUGCUUCCUUCUUCGCUGGCCUUAUCAAGAAAGGAGACGCUUCAGCUGCCAACAGUCCCCGAACGUAGAGUAC